AUGCAGGAUCAGAUUGAGGGGCUGAUAAAACAUAUUAAAGCACAAACUCCUGCUACGGUAGAAGAGUUGGUGCAAAAUACAGAUUCACCCUUUACAGCUGAGGUCAUGGGGCUGCCCCUCCCAAGGAAAUUCAAGAUGCUGCAGUUAGAAACAUUCAACGGCUCCACGGACCCAUUAGAUCACUUGGAAACAUAUAAGUCCCUAAUGCAUCUACAAGCAGUACCAGAUGAAGUAAUGUGCCGGGCAUUCCCAGUUCUCCUCAAAAGAAGUGCUCGAGCAUGGUUCAAUAAACUCCCGCCGAGAAGCAUACGUAGCUUCAAAGAGCUUAGCACAAGUUUUGUAAGCUACUUUAUUGCUGGCCAACGCUAUGGCAAACCAGCAACACAUCUCCUAACAGUAAAACAAGUAAGAUGGGAGUCAUUAAGGGAUUACACCAUAAGGUUCAACAAGGAGGUGGUCCAAAUAGAUGAAGCCGGCGAUAACGUGAGCAUAACUGCAUACAUAGCUGGACUAUAUUCAGGACAAUUCCUAUACCUCGUGUCUCAGGAACCACCUAAAACUCUGGCAGAGCUUAUGCUCAGAGCUCAGAAACACAUGAAUGCAGAGGAAGCUGUCUACGCAAAACGUUCACGUGAUAGCUUUGAUCUCCAAGCAGGGCCAUCACAGAAAAAGGAGGAAGUACCCAUCAUCUUUUUAGAAGAAGACAUUAUGGGAGUCCAAAUCCCUCAUGAUGACCCCCUGGUUAUAUAA